UAUAAAUUAAAACUCCGCUCGCAGCUAUCUGUGUUCAGCAUUUACACUUGUUGAAAAGGUAAAGAGAUAAUCACAGUGAUGGAGUGGUCAGAUUCCGAGCGCAGUACUAUUGCGAGUGUCUGGGGCAAAGUCAACGUCAAUGAAAUCGGACCCCAGACUCUGGGAAGGGUACUGAUCGUUUAUCCCUGGACUCAGAGGUAUUUCGGUACCUUUGGGAACCUAUCUAGUGCAGCUGCGAUCCUGGGCAAUCCCAAGGUGGCAGACCAUGGCAAAACUGUGCUAAAUGCGUUGGGCAAAGCCGUGAAGAACCUGGAUGACAUCAAGGGCACUUACUCUCAACUCAGCCAGUUGCACUGCAACAAACUCAACGUCGACCCAGACAACUUUAGGCUGUUGGCCGAAUGUCUCACCGUGAUCCUUGCGAGCGCAAUGGGAUCCGCGUUCAGUCCUGCUGUUCAGGCCACCUGGCAGAAAUUCCUGGGCGCUGUUGUGGUCGCUCUCUCCAGCCAAUAUUUCUGAAGUCCUGCUUGAGAUUUCUGUCUCAAUUCAACCAUGAUUCAGUGCAUUAAAGAUUUUAAAAAGUAUAUAAAUAAAGCAUUCAGUCAAUG